AUGUCAACAUUAUCUGAAGAUUUGAGUACUCUAACGACCACGUUGAGUUUAGUCCUUGGUGUUACUUCGAUUCUAUUAGGAACCAUUGGUGGAUUUCUAAAUAUUAUUGCGUUCUCUCGACCAAAUUUACGUAAAACUUCAUGUGGAAUUUAUUUCUUAGUUGCAUCAAUUGCGAGUAUUGCUUUAGUUCUUACCGGUCAGAUUUCUCGUCUGGCGACAUUAUCUUCAACUUCGAAAUUGUUAACAACAUUUUGGUUUUGUAAAUUACGAAUUUAUCUCACAAAUGUCUUUGGAUUGUUAGCCCGUGGAUUGAUCGUUCUUGCUUCAUUUGAUCGAUUUCUCUUCUGUUCAUUGAAUGUUCAUACACGAGCUUGGUGUCAUUCGAAAAUCGCCAUUCGAAUCGUCAUUAUUCUCACAAUCAUCUCUUUGAUUUUACCAGUUCAUAUUUUGAUUUACUAUGAACUUCGUUUAUCAUCUCGUUCAUGUCGUUCAGAUGUUUCUUGGGUUGGUACAUACGAUCUUUCCUAUCAAUAUAUCUUUGUUGUUAUCUUACCGAGUUAUUUUAUGUUUCUCUUUUCGUUUUUAUUGAUUCGAAAUCUUCAUAAUCAACGAACUCGUCUCGCUCGAAAAUUUCAAACACGUGAUAAACAGUUAAUCUUUAUAUUAUUAUCACAAAUUGUAUUCUAUACAAUCAUUCAUAUUCCAUUACCAAUCAACAUGACAUACAAUCGAUUGACAUUGAAUUUAGAGAAAUCUCGUGAUCGAAUUGCCAUUGAGAAUUUCCUUUCGUUUUUAAUCAAUUCAGAAUUGAUUUAUAUUUAUUUUUCAACGACAUUUUUUCUUCAUACGAUCGUUUCACCAACAUUUCGAAAAGAAUUUGUCCAAAUCUGGAGAAAAUCAAAUUCAAUUAUCCCAAAUGUCGUAACAGCAGCAAAAGCUCGACAAAGAGUUCAGAUCACGACCAUCUGCUGA